GUUCCCGAGCACCACACAUUGCCUGCCCCCUCCCAAGAACCACGCGGACACUCGCUCUCGCUUCCUCACCGCACUCAACCAUGUCCACUCUCCUCCACUUCGCUCCUCCCUUCUCUCUCCUCAAACGCCCGCCGCCCGCCUCCUCCCUCCUCUCCCCUCCCCGCCCCGCCCUCCGCCCGGCUCGCCGCCGUGGCUCCUCCUCCUCAGCCGCCGGCGCCGGGGGCGGCCCCAUCAGAGCCCACAAGGUAGUGGUCGAGCACGAGGGCCGGGCCACGGAGCUGGAGGUGGAGCCGGACGAGACCAUCCUGUCCAAGGCCAUCGACUCGGGCCUGGCCGUCCCCCACGACUGCAAGCUCGGCGUGUGCAUGACCUGCCCGGCCCGGCUCGUCAGCGGGUCCGUCGACCAGAGCGAAGGCAUGCUCAGCGACGACGUCGUGGAGCGCGGCUACACGCUCCUCUGCGUGUCGUACCCGACGUCGGAUUGCACGAUCAAGACUAUUCCCGAGGAGGAGCUCUUGUCUCUGCAGCUCGCGACUGCUAACGACUGAAAAUUGUUUUUUUUUUUUUUUUUUUGGGUGCCUGAAGGUGUCAACAUGUUUCGUUUUCUUAUGAUGGAAUUAGGGGUGUUGGUAAAUUUUUAUGGCGAGGGAUUACGAAUAGAGAGUUCUUCACUCUUCUUGUUCUGAGAAUAUUCCUGGGUCGACAUUCUUGGACUGCAUGGCUGUAUUGGUGGCUAAAGAGUGAUGUUGCUAUUUCGAUGCUAAUUGAUAGAUUGAUUCAAGAGUAGGCAUUUGAUAAAUGAAUCAAAUUCAACAGUCCGCCGCAUCAUUUCGCAAAUCAA